GACGCGUGCUUUUUGGAGGACGUCGGUUCCUCUGAGGGUUUGUCCUUCUUCUACCCGUCCGAGGGCCCAGAGGGCCCAGAGGGCCCAGCCUUCACGGGCGCCCGAACGGCGCGACGUCGAAAGGCGGAAGUCGGGUCUCGCAGUUCUUCGAGCCAUGUGAAGGGGCGGCUUGGCCGAAUUCCA